CUUUGACAAAUUAUGAGAGACCCUCCCUCCUCCAAGAGCGGCAGAUAUAGCUACCAGAUAAGACAGCCUGACAAGAGCCAGCUUUUUAUGGGCUCUCGCACUACGAAACCACGCCAGUGUCACCCCAAUGCUUAGCCAACCUGAAGGUCGAAUUAGUUGAAAUGAGCUGUCACGUAUGUUUCCGUGGUUCGGGCUUAAAUCUACGUUGUAUUUGUCCUAUGUGUGCUCGCAAUCAACUGUACCAGCUGCGGAUCGAAAAUGCCACGCUGCUACUAGAGAAAGAGUCUCUAAAGCGAGAAAUCGAUGCUACGGUGUUGUCAAGGCAGCGUAGCGCCGACCUGCCAGAAAACAAGAACAUUUCACCUGGAGACGAUGACGGAGUACCUUCCACUUGGAUCUCACGGAUCAUUGUUCAUGAGGGAAUUGAAUCAUCUACGAAAACAACAGUCCUUACGCGCCACAUUGAGGGGUUGGUAAGCGAAGUUCGAGAAAAAAGGCUCGAAAUUUCCCGGCGCAGAGUAUCAUUAGCACAAAGACAAUCAGACUCAGAAUCCGCAAAGUAUCAGCUCUUGGAGCGCGAAACAGCAAUCCUAGCCAGCAUCCAGAACAAUAUAAAGAGGACUGACCAUCUGUGGCACUCCCUUCACAGCAAGACUACAGAAGCACGGAUAUUUCUCUGCCGAGAAGCAGCUAACCUCUACGAGCUACGGCAAGAGUUGAGAAUGAUUGAUGGUGUAAUGCAAGAGACCUAUGUAAUCGGCGGUAUGCACUUGGUCGAUCUCAGACAUCUGAAUGGCACCUCGCCCGCGCACAUAUCAACGUCGUUCUCAUAUGUCGCCCAGCUGCUGGCUCUUGUCUCUCACUAUUUAUCUCUGAGACUCCCCGCAGAAAUCACACUUCCUCACCGGAAUUAUCCUUUGCCAACUAUCUUCACGCCCUCUGCAUCGUAUGUCUCCAGAAACACUGACUCGCGGCUGCCGGCUUCACAACAAUUCGGACCUACUCCGGCGGAAAAUUCGCGAUUUGACUCAAACCGUCUCUCUCGGCCAAGGCCCUUAACUAUCGACAAAAGUCUUCCUAGGUUGGCGAAGGAGGAUCCCGCCACCUACGCCCUUUUCCUCGAAGGAGCGACAUUACUAGCUUGGGACGUUGCCUGGCUUUGCCACACUCAGGGGCUCAAUCCUGUAUCGGAUUCGUGGGAGCAUAUCUGCGACAUGGGGAAAAAUUUAUGGCAAUUACUUGUUGCACCUCCUGCACAGCCAUCAACCCUAACGAGAGCAUUUGCUGGUCGAGAUAUUCACGUAAAGACGAAGACAACUAAAAUCCUACCCAAGACUAGUAUUCAUCGAACCGUGUCAUUCCCCAUGCUAGGACAUUAUUCGCACGGCACCGCGCAUUCAUUUCUGGGUGCUGCCGAGAGUGCAGAGUUCAUGCGCACGUGGAGGCUUCCACCUCCGAUCCGGGUCAUAGACAACCUGAAAUCGACAUUGAUGGGGGAGCUGGCGAGUGCAGAAUGGGAACUGCUCGAAAGACGCGAAUGGGACGACAUGACUCUUGAACGAAGCCGUUCUGUGUCUCAGUGCUCUCUCGUGGCUCCUGCUACUGCUUGCGAUUCGGGGUCUAUUGAUGCAGAUGCAAUCUCGGAAUCAUACCGUCCGGAUUUAUCGACUGUACGCAGCGAUUUUUCUCGUGUAAAAGGUGUGAGUGGCUGGACCAAAUUGAGAAAUAGAUAGCACAUUGGAAGACUAAGCAUGCAGACUCCACGUACUGUACUGAUGUCAUCUAUUGCAAAAAAAAUCUUUGAAGAAAAAAG